AUGGAAGAAAAGAAACAAAGGCAUUUUGUUCUUGUACAUGGUGCGUGCCUUGGAGCUUGGUGCUGGUACAAGCUGCAAACGUUGCUGGAGGCGGCCGGCCACCGCGUCACGACAUUUGAUCUCUCAGCCUCCGGCAUUGACCCGAAAAGCAUAGACGAACUUCGCACAUUUUCCGACUAUACAAUGCCGUUGUUCAAGGUAAUGGAGUCGAUUUCACAAGACGAAAAAGUAGUUCUAGUUGGACAUAGCCUUGGUGGGAUGAACCUGGCUUUUGCAAUGGAGAAAUACCCUCAAAAGAUUUCUGUUGCUGUUUUUGUUACUGCUUAUAUGCCAGAUACUGUACAUAGGCCAUCCUAUGUUUUGGAACAGACCCCCAAGGGAAAUUCAUUGGACACUCAAUUCAUACAGUUUGGUAGACCGGAAGAUAAACUUACAGCAAUGCUUUUUGGCCCCGAGUACCUAUCCGAAAUGUAUCACCUCUGCACCCCUGAGGAUGUUGCAUUAGCAAAAACAUUGGUGAGGCCGAUGUCUGUUUUUAUGGAAGAUUUGUCAAAGAGACACCCAUUUUCCAAUGAAGGUUAUGGAUCUGUAAAACGUGCUUUCAUCAUAUGUGCUCAGGAUAAAGGAAUGAAUGAAGAAUUCCAACGUUGGGAAAUUGAAAAUAGUGGUGCGGCAAUAGUAAAAGAAAUAAAAGAUGCUGACCAUAUGGCAAUGAUCUCAAAUCCCCAUAAACUUUGCCAAUUUUUACUGGAGAUAGCAAAUUAA